AGUAUCACUGACGUGUCCACGAAGCGGAGUCUACUUCAAGGGUUUAUGAUUAUUCUCGAUUUGUACAAGUACAUUAGUUGGAAAACAACAGCAUUUAACGAAUUGUGUCUUAUUACGGUGUAUUUGUAAAGCAACGAAAUUAUGGCAGCAGUAUUGAACACAUUUGUGAACUCUUUCACUAAGAAAUUGGAACCCCCAGUUAGGCAACACUUGAAAAAUGUCUAUGGAUGUCUGUCCAUGUCAAUGCUAUCAGCUGCUGGAGGAGUUUACAUUCACAUGUUCUCAGAGCUCUUGCGAGCCAAUUUGUUAACGACUCUUGGUACAUUGGGUCUGCUUUUUACUUUAAUUAAUACACCAGACAAUGGAAAAAAUCAAAAGUUACGACUUAGCUAUCUCCUGGGAUUUGCAUUCUUUUCUGGGCUUGGUCUGGGUCCUUUACUUCAAUUGGUUAUGAGUGUCAAUCCAACUGUUAUAGUAACUGCACUGAUUGGAACAAUUGUUAUAUUUGUAUCAUUCAGUAUUUCCUCCCUUUUGGCUGAAAGAGGACGUUGGUUAUAUCUUGGUGGUACCUUAAUUAGCUUGCUGAAUAUUAUGGUUUUGUUUUCAUUUGUCAAUCUAUUUUUACGUUGGACCAUUUUCUACCAAGCCUAUUUAUAUAUUGGACUGUUUUUAAUGUGUGGUUUUGUUAUUUAUGAUACACAAUUGAUUAUUGAAAAAUACCACAUGGGUAGCAAAGAUUUCAUUCUACAUUCUCUAGAUCUAUUUGUAGAUUUCGUCAACAUUUUCCGUCACCUCCUCAUAAUCCUUACACAGAAGGAGAUAUUAAAAGAUCAACGUAAACGCAGAGAUUAAAUGAGAGCAAAGGAAGCUGUAAGAUAUCAUACCAUUCAAGUAAAUCCAUGAACUAGACGUCUUCAUCCUAUCUAUCCAUAUGUAAAACGUAUAUUUACUAUGAUAAUAUGAAUUAAAAUAAUACAGCUUAUUCAUUACAUCGUAAAAUUUUUAGGCAUACGUUCGCCAUAAAAACGCAAUGUAUUUGUUUCAAAUUACUUAGUUAUCAUUUCUUUUUCCAAUUAUUUAUUAGGUUUAUAUACAUGUAUACAUAAAUAGACAUAAAUUUAUUGUACUAUAUUUUUAUCUUUCAAUAAACAAAAUUUCCCAGCGUC